UGUUUCAGUCUCGACGCUCAGGGCUCCGCUGCCCUUGUCUUGAUAAACUUGCUGCCUACGUCACUUCCUGCAUUUGGCGCGUUGCUAGUUUGCGGAAGCAAGUGAUAGAGUAACAGUAAUGAGCAGCGGAGAUAGCAACCCUGCAGCCACCCCCACCCCCUGUGAUGAUAUACACGGUGAUAGACGAUGGAUGUCACUGCACAAUCGUUUUGUGUCUGACAGUAAAGGGAAGGAACCGGAUGUGCUCUUUGUUGGAGACUCUCUUAUCCAACUAAUGCAUGAAUUUGAGGUGUGGAGGAAGCUGUUCUCCCCACUCCAUUCUCUGAAUUUUGGGAUUGGUGGUGAUGCAACACAGCAUGUCCUGUGGAGACUCAGUAAUGGAGAACUGGACCACAUUUGCCCCAAGGUGGUAGUGUUGUGGGUGGGCACUAAUAAUCAUGGCCACACCCCCGAGCAGAUCUGUGGAGGUAUCAUGGCCAUCAUUAACGUGAUCAACAAUCACCUUCCUCAAACUCACAUUCUUGUACUGGGUGUUUUGCCCAGAGGGAAGAGUCCAAACCCACUGCGGGAGCGUAAUGCACGAGUAAACACCCUAGUGCAGGCUGAGUUGGCAUCUCUCUCCUAUACCUCCUUUCUGGACGUGGAUCCUGGAUUUGUCCAAUCGGAUGGCUCCAUCUCCCACCAGGACAUGUACGAUUAUCUCCACCUUACAGCACAGGCUUAUCAGAAAGUGUGCCAGCCGAUAUACACGCAUGUUAAAGCUCUGCUAGAUGCACACACACCCUGAGUGAAAGCCAAUAAGUCUUCAUAUACUAUGGUAAUCAUGUAUGCUACACCCAGAAAUUAUCAACAGCACCAAAAAAAACCAUGCACUUGCAUUUAUACUGUUACAGACUAACACAUCACAAUUUACACUAGGUAUAGUACACUAUUAGCACUUGUACAUGCAUUCGAUAAAUACACUGUCUUAAGCAGACCACUCCAUGCCACUUAUCAGUUAAUACAUUACACAACAGAUCUGAUCAUUGUAUUCAAUCAAGUGAUGCUUAAACCAUCAUGACAAAAAAAAAAACCUGCCACCUUAUUUUUGUUGACCCCAAGCAAAACGAUUUUUCAGGAAUCAAUGUUAGCUUAAACUUAUGGAAAGUUCAUGGACACUGCACAGUUAACAAGAAGCAGUAAGUUCUGGUUUAGCCAAGUAAGAUUUAAGUCAAAGCUCAAUGAAUAAACAAAACUUUUCAGUGUAGGAGAUCAGUGAGUCUCCACUCGCAUAAGUGUGGUUAGAAAAUACAUGACCAUAGUGAAGAGUUGACGAGGCAGAAGUUUUAACUACAAAUAAAUUGAGCUUUUUUUUUUCUGAACGCACUUAUGGUUUCUUUAUUUUUUGUAUAAUGUUCAUGUUGAAAUGUCUUAAAUGCAUAGAAAGCAUUAGUUAGUAUCUGUUUCCUGGCUGUAUGUCUGUUAUAACCUGUAAAUAUUGUCUUUUCUUUCUGCAAAGUUUACUACAGUAAAACAUAAAAUUGGCAUGCACACUUAACCCCUUGGCACAUGACAGUACAGUUCUCCAACUCCUGUCUAUGAAAACAACUGCGUUACCUCUGUUUAGUGUUUUUCUUGCUCCAACAGACCUGUUACAACUAUAGAAAUAGUCAUGUUCAGCUAAUAAAAUGGAUCAAAUGCAUAAAAGCAAUGAAAAGUUCAACACUAUGCUGUGACCUGUAAAUAACUCCUUUACGAGCGAUUCCACUUGAUGAGAAUGUAGUGUGAUUCUGCUUUUUCUUUACAUCCUAUCCUGUGUUAAUACAUAGCCUUGGGUUACUUCAAGUCUGUUGGCCUGUGAAAAAAACAUUCUCAAGAGCUUCCGUCAGUAAUUCUGAGGGCCAAAUCUGUGACUUAACACUGCAAUAUGUAAAUGUAUUCUGUUUUAAAAUGCUGGAAUAAAACCAUGGGCUCAGC